AUGGUUUCAAUCACCGAGUUCACCAGGGUCAUUGCCCGCAAGGCCAAAGGCCUCAUGAGAAAGAAGAAGAACGGCAACCAGUCACCAUCGACCGAGCCGAAGAUCGCCGUGCGGUGGCUCACCGAGGACCGAGCGCAAUUUCUCGACUUGCAAAGCAAAAGCAUCACAAGAGCGAGCGACUACUUGCUCCGGCGGGUAUGCCAGACAUUGUCUGACUACAACAUCCAAUAG